UCAAAAUGUUAUACUUUCGUGCUCUCCCUGCAGGCAAAAUCAACCAACCUGGCAUAAACCUUCCAAGAGUCGGUGUCCACAAUGCUACUGGGUCUCCUCCUCAUCUGCGUGGGCUGGCACACCACGCCGGGGGGCGCAGAGGUGGUGACCUCUUUCGAAGCAACCUGCCCCCGGGUUUUCUUCAGGAAUACCCCUCCGAGAAUCGGACUCACACCCGCACGCCUGGUUCGAAUCUGCCAGCGUUACGAAAACCAGUACCGUUACGCCACGAUGUACGACAAGCCAAACCGCAUCCCCCUCUACUCGGCCUACAUCUACACACCCGGGAAUGCAAAGAGACCCCAGAACUGGAUGGUGGAACCCCAGCUUGUUCGUUCAUCGUUGCAACCUGAAAUGACUUCGGAAAAGGACCUCCUGAAAAAACGAGUCACACUGGCAGAGCUUAGGGAAAGUCAGGCCGUCCUGCAAGAUUACAAGAACCUGAUUGAUUACAACCGGGGCCACCUCAACCCCAACAGCCACCAGCCCGACCUGGACGCCAAGAAGUCCACCUUCACCUUGACCAACACCGUGCCUCAAUAUACCAAGCUCAACUGUGGCUCCUGGGAGAAUUAUGAGGACAAGACGAUGAAGGUCAAGACCCAAGGGUGCAAGGAAACCUUUGCCGUCGUGGGCGCAGUGCCAGGGAACAACUACAUAGCCGGCGGGAGGGUGAACAAGCCCAGCCACCUCUGGUCUGCAGCCUGCUGUUACAUAAACAACAACCGCAUAAGGUCCUGGGCCAUGAUCGCCACAAACGAUAAGGACGCGGUGGAAGAGCUCACUCUGGGGCAGUUGGAGGGGAAACUGGCUGGGCUGUAUCAGCAGAACAGCAUCUCUCUGUUCCACAGCGACUGUCCCCGGCAGUAA